CUCUAUUUUAGAACCCACAGUUCAAUGAGCAUUACAUGUAGCUGAUCUCCGAUGCCAAUGCUUAGAGAUCUUGGACGAGAAUAGUUGUCUGCAAGACUAACUUGAUUUGGUUUGAGAUAUUCUGGAAUCCAACGGAUGAUAGAGUUCCCGACGAGGGGUUGUACACCUCCAACUAGGAAAGGACGGUUUCAGCUAUCGGAAAAAAUAAGAAGGAAGGAUCAGUCUAUAGUUGUUAAUAAAGCGUUCAAUAGGAAAAUUGUAAGACGGAAGAUGCGAGGUAAGCGGCAAGGUGACCUAUCCUGCAUGAUAGGUGUCUGGUGGCAUGGUGAUCAUGUCGGCGUACAGUACGGUAGAAAGGUGAAGUGAUACACCCUUGUCAGCAAGAAUUAGCGAGUCUGCAGUUAUAUAACUAGACAGCAACACCGAGGUGCGGCAAACAGGCAAUUUCGCAUUCCGAAUAAUCAUACCCUUCACUGUUCUUCUUCCAGAUUAUACUUAGACAAUAUGUCCAAGUACUAUGUUCUUUUCCCCCCUGGUGCUUCUCUUUCUGCCGCUGGCGUGGAGUGCGGCUCUGCACACCCGGCAGACGUCAAGAGAUGAUUGUUCUACCGCCAUGAAACUGGUACAAGAAAGCUCAUCCGGUAUCAUUGAGGGCCAAGCAGCAUUUGAUUGCCUCGAGUCUUUCCCAUUCGAUGCGACCAAAGCCGACAACUUCCUUAGCGAAAUCCGAAAGUAUUUUCAGUUCCAGUCUACCCUAGAAGCUCUUAAACGUCCACCAGAUACCUAUCGAUCGGUUGGCGUUGAUAUUGUAGGAGGUUUAGAUAAAAUAAGCAACACUACCUACAAGAACCAGUUCCAGUUUGAUAGUAAUCUCAGAAGUCUAAUAAGGUCUGCUAAUGACGGCCAUUUCUUCAUCCUUCCUUGUUCCCUUGGUCCCUUCGACUUUUUCCGCCAAACAGUUGGCCUUGCUCCUGUUUCGAAGGAUGGCCUAGAGAAACCUGAUAUUUAUGUGGCAUAUGAUGUAGAGGCUCUCUUGCUCGGAAGCACCUGCGUAUCACCGAUCACUACCAUUAACGACCAAGAUGUAAUCGAAUACCUCGAGACAGCAGCUGCCCUACUAGCAUUCCAAGACCCCGAUGCACGAUGGAACUCACUCUUCGCUUCGACUGCAGCAUUGGCUACUGGAAGUACAGACAUUGCGGCACUCUGGGGCCAAUUUACUUCUAAUGCGGGACUCUGGCCUGGUGUCAACAAUACACACCUUGGAUUCAAGAAUGGCUCCACGCUUGACUUGCCAACGCUUGCGCAAUACAACUAUCAGUCUAUUUUCCCAACCUCUACAGCCCUUUACCAAGCUGCAUGUAUGCCAGAUGAGCCCAAUAUUCCACGUCGAGGUACACGUACGAAACGCAAUCAUAAUGCUGAGGUCAGCCCUACUGCGACAACCGGCCCGCCUGGAUUUCCUAAACCUUUCGUACGAGACCCAUACAAUCAGAUAAGCGGCUAUAAUCUUGACGAGGACACUGCAGUUAUGUUUAUACCCACGUUUGAGGGUGGGUCUGGAUUUCCUGUCGGCCAGGACCUCGUUUUUGGUCAAGUAGCUACAGAAAUAGUGAACACGGCUAUUGCUAGUGGACGCACUAAGCUUAUCAUCGAUCUCUCACAAAAUGGCGGCGGAGAUAUCGCACGAUCCUUCGACCUGUUUAAGCUGUUUUUCCCUUCCCAAACUCCGUACUCAGCUACUAGAUUCCGACGCCACGAUGCUUCCGAUCUGCUCGCUCGAUCCGGCAAGGGGGUAAAUAGCACAGCAGCGGGAGCGGACCCGUUCGAUUUCCAGGGCGCCGUCAACCCAGCUCAGGACGCGGGGUUUUCCUCUGUCGACGAUUUCUUAGACGGAGAAAGCCAGCUCGGAGUUAAUGUCACAUCUCUCUAUGCUAACUUCAACUACACUCUCUUGUCUCUCUUGAACAUUGACAACGGCCCAAUCCGCGGCUUUGGCGGCGCGCCGAUCAAUAAGACCCAACCGUAUGCGCCAGAAGACAUCCUUGUCAUCACCGAUGGGAUCUGUUCUUCAACUUGCACUACGUUUGCCAACCUGAUGAUAAAUACUGGAGGUGUUCGUUCCCUGACUUUUGGAGGUCGACCUCGAUUUGAGCCAAUGCAAGUGAUGGGUGGUGUCCGUGGGGCCCAGAGCCUCGCCUUCUCCGACCUUGAUACUGAGAUAGCAGAGGCGAUCGAGCGCAUAAGCGACAAUCGUUCAAUAUUCUCCCAGGAGCAAGUCGAUCUUGCGCAAAAGGUCUGGCCAAGGGGCCUUCAGAACCUCCCACUGCCUAUCAAUGGCGGAGGAGUCAAUCUUCGGAACGCGUACCAGGAGGGCGCCGAUCACCUCCCUCUUCAAUUCGAUUACCAGGCUUCCGACUGCCGCUUGUUUUACACGGCGCAGAACCUCGUGGACCCCUCAAGCAUUUGGGCCGAUGCCAAGGCCGCAAUCUGGGGCGACCGGGGCUGCGUUAAGAACUCCACCGGCGGGAAAGGGUCCUUAGCGGACCGUACCAAGAAAACCAAUGCCAAUAGCAAUAGUACUGGUGACAACCAGACCGGUGGCGCUAGUGGCAGUAGUAUCGCCAGUGAUGACCAGAGCACGAAGAUUGAGGAUGGUGCAAGCAGUGGCGCGCAGAGAUUACAUCUCGGUGGUGGCCUGCUUGCUCUUAGCGUGCUUGCGAGCGUGUUUGCUGUUAUAAUGAGAAAUUACGUUUUACAACCUAUGCAUACGAUAUACAAGUUAAUAAAAUAGCAUUUGCAACUUUAGUUAGAGGCAUAUAAUUGA